CUAUAUUUUUGGCUUGUGCAAAUAAUAGUAUCUGUAUAGAUUAAAUGAUGUGCGCUGAAUUUGUAAAUUUAAAGAUAACUUAACAGUAUUUUCGAAAUCGAAACUUACUUCAUUAAAUGAUCAAAUUGGCGUGAUAAAGAUUCAGGCAUUUUACCAUGGCUUCGAACUUUGAAAACUGUGGAUUUUGCUUUAACGAACCCGUGUUUGGUUUCUGCGAAAACUGCACUGUGCGUCUGGGUAAAAAAUGCUUCGAAUUACACAAAAAUGCGCCUGGCCACAUUACAUUUCAACUUGAUACAUCGAAGAAACUGGCAAGUGGUCCACUAAUAAGAGAAAAGGACAUCCAUCAACAAAAAUGUUCGCUCCAUGUUACAGAAAACCUUGCCCUUUAUUGCGAGAAACACGAUGCUACUGUGUGCGGACGAUGUAUUCGUACGAAUCACAUGAUAUGUAAAGAUUCAAUCGUUGAUCUUCAUGAAAUCACAUUCGACAAACAACGCACCAGUGAACGCAUUACGACUCUUAAGAAUUUAGAACAGGAAAUAUGCACGAUAGAAAAGCAUAUCGAAGAAAAUUUGAAAUCGAACAACGAAUGCAAAGAAACAUAUUUGAAUGCCAUUGAAAAGUACUACAAGGAAUUACUAACAAGACUUGAUAAGUUAGUAUCCCAGUCGAAAAAUGCAGGAAACGUUCGCUAUGCACAGAAUGAAGAAAAUCUAAAAAAGGUUCAAGUCAAAUGCAAAGAUACAAAACGGCAUAUCCAAGAACAAACAAAUACUAUUCAAGAAUUGUCAGAAAAAAAUCAGCAAAAGCAUCUGUAUAUAAUAUCGAAAAGACUAGAGAAAGAAUUACAGAAUUUAAAUUCUGUUAUAAGGCAGUCUUCCUUGGAAAACACAAUUGUCAAAUUCAGCUUUGAAAGAAAUUCAAAACUUCAAACUUUACUGCAGAAUACCAUUCAAGAGAUAGGAACACUCCAAGAGGCUUGCGAGGGAAGUGAUGAGGUGUGUGAUCAGCCCGGGAUUAUACAGACAGACAUACCAAGUGCUUGCGCUGAAAAGAAGCAAAAGAGGGUCUCUUGCUCUUUAGACGGCAAGUUUGACCCCGCAAAGGAAAUUGUCAUGACGCCAGCGAAACUUGGGCAUAUAAACCCAGGUCAUUUGCACAUUAAGAACUUUUAAUGGUUGAAAAACAUUGUGAACUUAAAAUAGUGCUGACAUACAUGGGUGUUUACAGCUAUGCCAAGGAUACUGAUACUGUCUGAUUCAACACGGAAAUUGGAUUCCUUUCUUUUCCUGAGACGUACCUUGACCAUCCCAGCACUAAGAUGAUGUUAAUAUAUCCAUGUCUACUAUAUAAAGCAGUGGCGACAACAAACUUCACAAACCUUCAGACUUGCCGAAGACAAAAGAAAACUCAGUAUGAAUUAGCUUUAAAUAUUCAAUUGAUUAAAUUAAACUGUUGCAUUUUUUCAUUAAUGAACACAUUCCAGCAGUGAUUUUCUCUGCUUAACUCAAAAAUGACUGUUAGAUCUUUGAUCAUGUUAAUCAAAAAUGUGUUCCCACAACUUAUUAUAAAUAUAAAAUUUUCAAACUUGUUUAAACAAGAUAAUUUGGUAUUUAAUUUUAGUAAGCUUUUUGUAUUGAUGUAGGCUUCGAAUAUAUCUUCUGCAUCACCAUGUCAGGAGGAAUCUUAAUCUUUUGUUGUUGAAAUAAUAAAUAGAAAAUUGUUAGUAUUAUCAUCAAAUUUAUGUUGUUCUUUUUCACAUUGCAAAUGGUUACUUGUGCAAAAUCUUUUACAAACAUGUGAUUUUUUACAUGCUAUGGAGUUUUUAAAAUAUUAACUGAAUGCUCAUUACACUUAGUAACAUGAAUGUAUUGUUACACAUACUCUUAAAAUUAAAUAAUACCAAGAUUACCUAUCAUGCAUGAACUAAUGUGUUUGUUUCAGUGAUUUACUGAUUUUUACUGAGAAAUACAUCAUAAACGACUUU